AUGUCGAAUGAAACCAUGCAAGAGUUAGAAUUUAACGAUACUGAUAAUGGACCAUUUCCAGAAAAUGAUGAUGAUGAAUUUGACUCUUACUUUCAAAAUAUGGAUGGAGAUUUAACUUUUAAUGAUAUGAAUGAUGUUUCGGAGGAUAACAAUUUUCUAGAUAUGUACAAUUUAACCCCCAGACAACGUGUAUCCUACAAGGUAAAGAAAACUUUCUUCGAUUUGACCAACUAUUUUUAUGCACUGCCUACAUGGCAACGUGUUGCACUUUGUAUAUUUGGAACAAUUGCCUUCAUAGUAGGUAUAUUGUUCUUGAUAUUUCACAAUGCUAUCCUGGAAAAGAUUGUUGACACAUCAAAUGAUUUACAAGCCAAGAAAUCCACGCCACCCAUCCUGAUGUUGCUGCUUUUCAUGGUUUCCUUCCCACCAUUGAUAGGAUAUUCAUUUUUAUCCACUAGUACUGGAUUACUAUAUGGAGUUACUUUUAAAGGAUGGAUUAUAUUAUCAAUUAGCUCGGUCUGUGGUUCAAUAGCAUCUUUUGCUCUUUUCCAGAACUUGUUACACAAGAGAGCCGAGCAAUUAGUUCAUAUAAACCAGAGAUUCGAAGCAUUGGCAUCAAUUCUACAAGAAAAUAACAGUUACUUAAUUCUAGCGCUAAUCAGGCUUUGUCCCUUCCCUUAUUCUUUGACAAAUGGCGCUCUUGCCGGUAUUCAUGGUAUUUCUGUUAGAAAUUUCUCUCUGGCAAAUCUGAUCACCACUCCAAAACUGUUUGUUUAUCUAUUCAUUGGUUCUAGGAUCAAGAAUUUAGCUGAAACCGAGUCUACUGGGUCCAGAAUGUUUGAUUUGAUCAGUAUCGCGGUUGCUGUGGCAAUUCUGGGCAUAACUGCCUCCUUAUUGUAUUAUAAGACACAAAAAAGAUAUACAGAACUGCAGAAUGGAUCUCAUCAAGCUGGCACUAACAAUCCGAUACAAAUAGACGAUUCCUUUGACAUAUAA